UCUCUCCUUUCUCCCCGGUGAUGGAGGACCGGCGGAUGAACUGGAGAACAGAACCGUGUACCGGAGGUCCAGACAGCCGCUGAUGGAGUUGUGUGCCGGCUCCGGGUCACCGGGCUCCGGGUCUCCGUGGAGCCGCUUCUCCCGCUGGCUGGAGUGCGUGUGUGUCGUGACCUUCGACCUGGAGCUGGGCCAGGCGUUGGAGCUGGUGUAUCCUCAGGAUGUGAAGCUCACUGAGAAGGAGAAGAGCAGUAUCUGCUACCUGUCCUUCCCCGACUCAUACUCAGGAUGCCUCGGGGACACACAGUUCAGCUUCAGGCUGCGUCAGUCUGUGGGCCGGAAGGGGGGAUGCCGGGAGGACGUGUACAACAGGGACGCCCCCCCCACCCUACAAACGGAGGUCUCCCAUUUCUUCGGCUUUGUUUACUUCAGGCAGGUGAAGGACGCCUCUGUCAAGAGAGGAUACUUUCAGAAGUCUCUGGUGCUGUUGUCGCGGCUGGCCCUUCCCCCCUUGUUCCAGGCGCUGCUGCAGAGUGCUCCGGAGUUCUUUGAGAAACUUGAGCCGUGUCUGGAGACAGGUGAUGAUUGUGCAAACGAGAUCGACCAAUGGCCUGCCCCUGUUCCCGGGCUGAGCCUCAACCUGCCGCUGAUGGGUGUGGUCCUGCAGGUCCGGAUCCCCUCCAGGAGUGAUAAGCCCGGAGGAAGUCCAGUGAGACAGAGCGCUGCAGAGAACCUGCUGCCGGCCCCCACGGUGCUGCCCAGCAUCCACGAGCUGGACCUCUUCAAAUGUUUCCAGUCAGUGCUGGUCCACAUUGCAGAUGUUGUGGAGCUGCUGUUGCUAGGGGAACCGCUGGUCGCAUGGCACCGUCUCACCGUUCCUCGGAAACAGUGCUGCUCUCAUCAGGAUAUAUGAUACGUGUCCCUGUCUGUCCCCAGUAUGAUCAGUCCUCUGAGGUUCUGCUGUGAUUUCCGUCCGUACUUCACCAUCCACGACUCAGAGUUCAGAGAAUACACCACCAGGACACAAGCCCCUCCCUGUGUGGUGCUGGGAGUCACAAACCCAUUCUUCAUCAAGACGUUUCAGAAAUGGCCUCACGUCCUCAGACUGGGAGAAACAAAGAUGGCGGGUGAUGUACCUAAACAGGUGAAGGUGAAGAAACUGUGCAAACUGAAAGCCCUGGACACUAAACCAGGGAUCUAUACAGCGUUUAAGACCUUUCUCCACAAAGACAAGAUCCUGAUCAAAAGACUGCUGAAGGGGAUCCAGAGGAAGAGGCCGUCGGAGGUCCAGAGCGCCAUCCUGAGGAGACACCUUUUAGAGCUGACCCAGAGCUUCAUCAUCCCUCUGGAGCGCUACAUGGCCAGCCUGAUGCCUCUGCAGAGAUCUGUGUCACCGUGGAAGACCCCCCCUCAGAUCCGGCCCUUCAGUCAGGAGGACUUCCUGUUGUCUCUUGAUGACACGGGGCCACAGCUCACCUCUGUGCUGAAAGGUGAUUGGUUGGGGCUGUACAGGAAGUUCUUCAGGUCUCCGAACUUUGAUGGCUGGUAUCGCCAGCGACUCCGAGAGAUGACUCAGAAACUGGAGAUUCUCCACCUGGAAGUUCUCUGUGACACCGACCUGGUGACCUGGACUAAAGAUAAAUCAGAGGUGGAGAUCGUUGACUUGAUUCUUAAGCUUCGAGACAAAUUGAAUAGAGCGUGUAGGCAGCAGCUGCAGCUAAAGAACGGAGUUUUAGACAAAUUGGAAACCUUCACCAAGACGAUAAUCUCAUCUCUGCCUGAAGAACUGAGGAGAGUACUCAGUACACACUGAGUACACACAGAACACACUGAGUACACACACUACACAUUUGAGUACACUCUCAGUACUUUUAUUAAGUGAUUUAGUGUUGAAUGUGAAUCUCCUGCUGCUGUUUGUUUAUUAUUAGUUGUUAAUAAAGGUAUAAAUGUCUGUUUGAGUUAUUACAUCUCAUGUCACCGGUUAGAUGCUUUUAUCCAAAGCCACUUGCAUACAUUGAAAAAUGUGGGCAAUCCCAUCAGGAGCAACUCGGGGUGAAGUGUCUCAGGGAGCUGCUGACUGCAGAGGCACGUGGACCUGCUCUCCCCUGAAGCUCCGGAGCUCAACAUCACCCUGCCCCUAUUCAUAUUACACAUAUAGGCCUACUGAUAGGACUUUUAGCACACAUUUGUAUUUCCUGAUAAACUCUGACCUGAUGAAGGGUUGCUUUAUAUCAAAAACCAGUGAAUGUAUCUCAAGCUAAUAAUAAUUAUUAUACAAAUAUUGUAAUUAUAUUUGUGUUUUGUUCUUGUUCUUCUCUUGUAAGUUUCUUUGCUUAUUUACUUUUGUAUUUAUGGAUUAAAAUAUGAUGGUAAUA